AUGGAGUUUACAUAUGAGGGCAUCACUUCUGUCAUCGUGGAGGCGCAAAGCCAUCGGCGACUUCCCUGCGAAGCACGAGACAGUGUGCAGAACGUGAAAGGUUCCUUGGCAAUGCAGCAGGAAGGCUGCGGGAGGGGUUUCAUCACCCAGCUCUAUGGCGUGCCUUUCUUACGACAGGAGAUCUAUUUCCAGGGCGUUUGCCUCGAGGAUUACGACCAUUUGGGGGAUCUGGGGGUGGAACCAGAGGCGCUGCUGGAGGUUCGUUGUCGUCCCCGCAGUGGUGGCACCUUCUCCAACUUGGCUGCGGCGGCGCGGCGUGGGCGCAACUUGGACGUUCGUUUUCUGGUGCCGGGAGCUGGACAGAGGGUGCUCACGGUGCUCGGGGUCUUUGGGAGGUGUUAA